AUGGCUCCAAUUCUCUCCAAGGAGAAACUUCCGCAGAAGUUGCGUCCGGAAGAUGCAGCAAAGGUCGUGGUGCAGAAGGCCAGGCCUUUUCUCGACAGCCUGCUCAAGAUCGUCGAGGUGUCGAUACAAACUGGUGGAGUCGUUGUGGACGAAGCGAAGACCGCCAUGAACAAUGUCGGUCACUGGGUGGACCAGUGCAUGCACAGCAGUGCCCAGCUACUUCAGGCGCUGUGCUGCAUUGACUUGGAGAAGUUCACCCGCGGACCAGAGAAGCCGGCUCUUCACAGCCAGCUCCCGGUGAUGUUCGUCAUCGGGCUACUGGUGAUGAUGUACAGCGCAUUUGUUUUCGCCUAUCUUCCUGCAGCGGGGCUCGCUUUGAACAGCCAAGUCAGUUUGGUCUUCCAUGCCUUCGUCUUCCUCACCUUGGCCAGCUUUGCGCAGGCGGCCCGCACAGACCCGGGGAACAUCCCUCCCGGCCCGGAGUGGCGCGAUCGAAGUCGGCCACCAAGGAAGACUCACGAGCAGAAGCGCUUCAGCGAGGAGCCUCGUUGGUGUCGAAAGUCAGAGGCUUUUAAGCCGGACCGCGCCCACUUCUGUCGAGCCAUGAACCGUGUGGUGCUCCGCAUGGACCACCACUGUCCUUGGCUUGGAAACACGGUGGGCUGGGCCAACCACAAGUACUUCUACCUCUUCCUGGCCUACACCAGCGCUGCUUGUAGCCUUCUCGGCAUGAAUGUCCUGGAGUUGCUGUUGCACGCGACGCUUCCGGCCUUGACCACAUUUCUGCUGAUCGGAACAGAAGCGCUGACCUUCCUCCUCACCAGUAUCCUGGUGCCUUUUUUGCUCUUCCACACGUGGCUGAUCGUUCGAAACAUGACCACCAUCGAGUUCUGCGCCUCCUUUGCCAAGACGCAGGAUGAGAAGCCUUACGACAAUCCCUACGACGUGGGCAUCUUCCGCAACGUCAGCGCUGUGCUGGGAGCCUCCCCAUUGGUCUGGCACCCCCCGGCAUGCUUGGGUCAGGGGGUUUAG